CUUGACCCUACCUGCCCUGGCCGCUCUGCUUCUGCUGCCCCUCACGCCAGCUCAAGAGGAGUCAUGGGGCAAUGGGCCUGGGUCCCCAGCCCCUGCCCCCCACCCAGGCUGUGUCCCUUCCUGCUGCUCCUUCCGCUGCUUCUGGUGGUGCCUCUGGGGGCCCAGCCCCAGGCUGGCAGGAACCACUCAGGAACCCCUGAACUGAAUGUCACAGCUACUCCUGUGACACCCACGAUCCCUGUGACCUCUGUGAACCCCAACACCUCAGCAACAAGUUCUCCGGAGGCAGAGGCAGAGACUGAAGGACCCCAAGAUGCGGAGUUGCCUCUUCCACCCAGGGUCACGCCCUCCAGUAGCAGCCCCCAAGUGCUCACUGAGUCAGGGCAGCCAUGCCGGUUCCCCUUCCGCUACGGUGGCCGCAUGCUACACUCCUGCACCUCAGAGGGAAGUGCCUACAGGAAGUGGUGUGCUACAACACACAACUAUGACCGAGACAGGGCCUGGGGCUACUGUGUAGAGGCCACCCUGCCUGUGGAAGGCCCAGCUGUCCUUGAUCCCUGUGCUUCUGGGCCAUGUCUCAAUGGGGGCACAUGCUCCAGUACCCAGGACCCAGUGUCCUACCACUGCACCUGCCCUCUGGCUUUCACAGGCAAGGACUGUGGCACAGAGAAAUGCUUUGACACGACCCGCUACGAGUAUUUGGAGGUGGGCGACCACUGGGCUCGCGUGCAAGAGGGCCAUGUAGAGCAGUGUGACUGCGUGGAGGGGCAGGCCAGGUGCAAAGGAACCCGCCACACAGCUUGCCUGAGCAGCCCAUGCCUGAAUGGGGGAACCUGCCACCUGAUCGUGGGCACAGGGAUGAACGUCUGUGCCUGCCCACCAGGAUAUGCCGGGCGGCUCUGCAACAUUGUUCCUACAGAGCGCUGCUUCCUGGGGAAUGGUACCGAGUACCGGGGUGUGGCCAGCACCGCUGUCUCGGGCCUGAGUUGCCUGGCUUGGAACUCUGACCUGCUCUACCAGGAGCUGCACGUGGACUCAGUGGGCACCGCUGCCCUGUUGGGGCUGGGCCCUCAUGCUUACUGCCGGAACCCAGACAAGGAUGAGAGGCCCUGGUGCUAUGUGGUGAAGGACAAUGCACUAUCCUGGGAGUACUGCCGCCUGGCAGCCUGUGAAUCCCUGGUCAGAGUCCAGCACCAGCCCUCAGAGGUCUUGGUGACCCUGGCCGAGUCACCCCCAGCCUCACGCCCUACCUGCGGCAAGAGACACAAGAAAAGAACGUUCCUGAGGCCACGCAUCAUUGGUGGCUCAUCCUCUUUGCCUGGCUCGCACCCCUGGCUGGCUGCCAUCUACAUUGGGAACAGCUUCUGUGCUGGAAGCCUUGUCCACACCUGCUGGGUGGUGUCUGCAGCCCACUGCUUCUCCAACAGCCCCUCCAGGGACAGUGUCACGGUGGUGUUGGGCCAGCACUUCUUCAACCGCACGACAGAUGUGACACAGACGUUUGGCAUUGAGAAGUAUGUGCCCUAUUCCCUGUACUCAGUGUUCAACCCCAGCGACCAUGACCUUGUCUUGAUCCGGCUGAAGAAAAAGGGAGACCGCUGUGCCGUACGCUCCCAGUUUGUUAAGCCCAUCUGCCUGCCUGAGGCAGGCAACUCCUUCCCUGCUGGACACAAGUGUCAGAUCGCAGGCUGGGGCCAUGUGAACGAGAAUGUGAGUGGCUACUCCAGCUCCCUGAGGGAGGCCUUGGUCCCCCUUGUUGCUGACCACAAGUGCAGGAGCCCCGAGGUGUACGGCGCUGACAUCAGCCCCAACAUGCUCUGUGCUGGAUACUUUGACUGCAAGUCUGAUGCCUGCCAGGGGGACUCAGGAGGGCCCCUGGCCUGUGAGAAGAAUGGUGUGGCUUACCUAUAUGGUAUCAUCAGUUGGGGUGAUGGCUGCGGGAGACUCAACAAGCCAGGUGUCUACACCCGAGUGGCCAAUUACGUAGACUGGAUCAAUGACCGCAUUCGGCCACCCAAGCGUCCUGCAGCUGCCUCCUGAGACCCCUGGGGAACUUCCUGUCUCCUCAUAAUUCCCUGUCUUAUUACUGGUAAUGAAGCUGUUUCCAAGGACCUGA